AUGGAACCGGAAAAUCCACAACUUUUCACUUUGAGAAGCGAGACGCCGGAGAAGGAAUCGGUGCCGGCACAAACUGAAGAUCAAUCUCGAGAAAGGGUUUCUGAUUUAGAGCAGAUUCAGAAGGAAGAUUCUUCAGAAGAAAUCUGUACAGAGUCUGAGAGAAUGAGAAAGGAGACUGAGCUGAUUGAAACUUCUCUUAAGCAACUUGAAGCAAGGGAGAAUGAGCUUAGAGAGGUGGAAGCUAAGAGAAAGUUUUUCGACCUAAAGGAGAAGGAACUUGAAGAGAAGGAGAAAGAGCUGGAAUUGAAACAGAGACAAGUACAAGAACGAUCAAUACAAGAUGGACCUUCGGUGGAUGCUGAGCCUCUUACACAACAACGCAACCAUAAUGAUGAAGACAAGGAAAAAGAUUCGGCUUCUGUACUUUCAGCUUCUGUGCAAAUAAUUGAAAAUGAUGAGGAUCAUGAGCCAGUAAUGUGUGUUGUUGAUUCAGAGUUCAAUGAUUUCCGCAAGACAAUGAGCUCUUUCAUGGCUGGUCAAGUAUGGGCUCUGUAUGAUGGUAUAGACUCUAUGCCUAGGUGUUAUGGUCGGAUCAAGAAAGUUAACAAGUGUCAGUCGAGUCUUCAAGUGACAUGGUUAGAACCUAAAGCUGAGGAAUCUGUUCUUGCUGCUUGCGGCAGGUUCAAAUGGGAGAAUACAGAUACCAUACAAAGUCACUUGGCCUUUUCUCAUGAGAUACAUCCCAUCAUACGUGGCAAACACUUCAUCGCUGUGAAUCCGAGUAAAGGCGAAACGUGGGCUCUUUUCAGAGACUGGAGCAAAAGCUGGAACAAUGACCCGGAACAGCACAAGACUCCUUAUAGGUACGACUUUGUGGAAGUUCUAGUCAGCUUCGACGAUUCUCUAGGCGUUGGAGUGGCCUAUUUAGGAAAGGUUCAGGGAUUUGCAUCGGUCUAUAAACAAGCUGUGCAGCAUGGAGUCAUCUCUUUCAUGAUCACACCGGAGGAAAUGCAAAGAUUCUCUCACAGAGUGCCGUCAUUUAGGUUGAAUGGAGAUGAGAAAGAGGGAAUCCCCAGUUGCUAUCCCUGCUGCUAUCCCCAGUUGCACACUCGAGCCUGAUCACUCUAUCCGUAGUGAAGCAGAAGAAACAGAAAACCAAAGUGAGGAUUGUGGUAACACUGAUGAGGUUGAAGAUAGAGAUGGGUCAAGGAAAGAAUUCCCCAUUGUCAUAGAUUGAGGGUGGUCUAUAUUUGUGGGUCUGAUGGUCUUAGUUCUUCUAGUAUGUCGUAUUUUCUACUUCUUGUUGCAG